AUGGACAUAAGUGAGUUAGAAGAUAUCGAGAUUGAAAUGCAGCAUGGCCCGGAAUCAAAACAGGAAAGAAACAAACGUCUAAACCAAGAAUUGAAGGAUAGGUUUGAUUCCUUAAAUUGUGUCGGCGAAGAAAGUGACCUACAUAAUGCGCAUGCUCAGCAAGAACAAGUUAUUGUUGACAUAACAAAACUUUUACCACUUUUUGAGUGGUAUUACCAUUUCAGAAUGGUCAAAACCAGUGCUGAGCAAGGGCAAAUGCGACAGUUAUUCUGUUCCUUCGGGUUAAGCGAGGCCUUGUCCCCUUCAACAGCAGUAUAA